AUGAAGAAGCAUCUGCGUGCACAAUUUCUUCCCUACAACUUCCAGAGAGUGAUGUACCAAAGACUUCAAAAUUUGAAGCAAGGCACUAGGUUGGUAGAUGACUAUACCACUGGAUUUUACCAACUCGUGGCAAGGAACGAGAUCCAGGAGAUAGAGGAUCAGUUGUUAGCACGAUACAAUAUUAGAGGUUUGAGGGUACAAAUUCAGGAUACAGUUAAUAUGUUUGAUCAUGUUUCUGUAUCUAUGGCACACUUGAGGGACUCUACAGGAGGGCUUACUAAGAAUGCCAACACUACAAAAUUUUCCAACAAGGCUACUAGUGGAGAAGUGGGUCAUAGGCUAUCUGAAUGCCAGAAGGUGGCCGGGAAGAAAGUACUUCUCAUUGAUGCGACCGAUCUCAAGGAGGAAGAAAAAGAAAUGGUUGUGGAUGAGCAACCAAAUGAUGAGGAAACCAAAAAGUUUAUCAAAGGAGAUGUGGGUGCUGCAUUGGUAGUUAGGCGGUCUUGUUUAACACUAAGAGUUGUCAAGGAGGAUUGGUUGAGGACCAACAUAUUCCAAACUCCUUAUACCAUCUUGGGAAAUGUAUGUCGUUUAGUGAUUGAUGCAGGUAGUUGCGAGAAUAUUGUGUCUGCAACUAUCGUUCAAAUACUGGGGAUCAAAACUGAGGAGCAUCCUAAGCCUUAUAAGCUUGCAUGGCUCAAGAAGCGGGUAAGAUUUGAGAAGGAGAUACAGGAGUCAGAUGUGGUCUUUUCACUGAUAGGGAGCGGGGUUACAAUUGAAGAAGCAAUUCUAGAAAUCGUGAUGCCUAUCGUAGCUAACUUUAAAAACAUAUUUCUUGAAGAAUUACCUGAUGAGUUGCCACCAUUGUGUGACAUUCAACGCCAAAUUGAUUUAGAACCUGGUGUGGCCCUUCCAAAUCAUCCUCACUAUCGAAUGAGCCCGAGCGAGCAUGAGGAGCUGUGGAGACAAGUGGAGGAAUUGCUGAUGAAGGGGCAUAUUCGGGAGAGUUUGAGUCCUUGCCAUCAUGGCUCCAUUGACGGAUUGCAUGAAGAGACAGAGAAGAAGUUUAAACUGAUCAAAUUGCGCCUCACUGUAUCUCCAAUCAUGAUAUUGCCAGACUUCCACCAACCUUUUGAAUUACAUUUUGAUGCUUCCAAAGUUGGGAUAGGGGUAGUUCUGACUCAGAACAACAAGCCCAUCACCUAUUUCAGUGAGAAACUAGUUAGAGAUGGGGAGGAGACCGAUUUCUUGCUCCAUGACAGUUUCCUGUUCAAUGGUAAUCAGUUGUGCAUUCUGGAUUGGGAGUACAACAAGUUGUCCAUCAAGAAGAUUGGACUGGUAGAGAUCAUUGAGAAGAUCAACCCUAAUGCUUCUGACUCAAGCUACCAAGCCAUAUCUGGAUGGCAGAUGUGUUCAACGUCAAGUACUUAG